GUUCCUGGAGGAGGGGGCCGCGGUCUUGAAUGCAGUCCUCGCGAGCUUGUAGCGGCGCGGUGGUCUGGCCUAACUUGUCGGCUCCGGCGCGGGCAGCCACUCCAUGGCUUCCUGAGGGGAAGCUCCGGCAGGUGGAGGGGCGGUGACUGUAGAGAGCUGGUCCCAGAUUGCGGGAGUGAGAGGUCAGAGGUUGGAGGUUGUGCUUUUGUAGAAUGUUGGGGUCCCGCCCUUAUAAGCCAGGGUCAGGGCACUCCCUUUUUCUGUGUGGCUGGUGUUUUGUUUUGGUCCCCUCCUUUCUCAGAAGGUGCUGUAAGGGAAACUGGGCUCUGAGAGCCGUGGGAGCCCUCUUGUAGCUCCUGUGCUUGGACGAGAAGGCCCGGUCCUCGAGCAGCCUCCCUUCUCCUCCCGUGGCCGUGGCAUCAAGGAGUUGGGGCGGUGCCUACCGGAGGGCCUCGACCCGGUGGGGGUAACGCUGGGCUCCGGGCAGUCCGUGAAUGGACCACAUCCGUAUGAUUUCUUAGGGCUUCAUGCCAGCGCCUGUGCAGGCCGUCAUUCUCCGAGUUUGAUUUAUAAUUUCUGGAAUUUCAUUAGAACGAUUUGAAGAAGGAAAAGGGGGUAUUAUGGCUUUGGUACUUGGCUCAAAGUGGAAAUACAAGCAGACCAGGGGAGUUAAGAUGAGGCAAAAGGGAAUGUUAACCAAGACACAAGGCCCAGCUGUUGUGUGUACAACUCCAAGCAGCCACAUUUAUGUGUUCAAGAAUGGCAGUGGGGAUUCUGGGGACUCCUCUGAGGAAGAGUCUCAACAUGUUGUUGUACGGCCACGGGGCAAGGAACGCCAGAAGAACAGUGUUCACCACCCUCACAAGCCUGGAGCAGGUGACAUGGUGCUGCUCCAACGGGAGCUGGCCCAGGAGGACAACCUCAACAAGCUGGCUCUUCAGUAUGGCUGCAAAGUUGCAGAUAUCAAGAAAGUCAACAACUUCAUCAGAGAACAAGAUUUAUAUGCUUUGAAAUCUAUUAAGAUUCCAGUGAAAAACCAUGGGAUCCUAACAGAGACCCACAAAGAACUGAAACCUCUUCCAGAACCAUCCACAGAGACCACAGUGACCUUUGUGGAAUUACCAGAUGUAGACAGAGCUACCACAGCCGCUGAUGCCCAGGCCAGCCAACUGACAGAUUUCUUUAAAGGGAUUGAUCAGAAUAUUGAGCGUGCAGUGCAGUCAGAGAUCUUCCUAAGUGAGAGCUACUGCACAGAGACCUCUGAUCAGCCACUGCUCCCAGCUCCUCCGAAGACACUGACAGAUGGAGCAGACUGUGGGAUUCAGUGGUGGAAUGCUGUUUUCAUCAUGCUUCUAAUUGGGAUUGUGUUGCCAGUGUUUUAUUUCGUCUAUUUUAAAAUACAGGCUCCUGAGGACAUCCCUAAUAGCCUGAACACAACUGCUGUUCAUAAUGGCUCAAUGGUUCCAGGUUAAGCCCCAGAUUUUCAAAUUCCAAAGGCCACCAUCAACUCUUCAGCCAGCCAGUCCAGUCAGAACACUCAGGCAAAGAAGUAGGUUGUUGUUUAUGGAUAAUCAGCCCAGCUUUAGCAGUUGGACUUGAUGUAUCAGCUGUCACUGGCCAUAUCCUAAAGGUGCUACAUUUUGGUUCCUGGGAUAUAUGGAUGCAUUUCAGAAGUCACCACAGUAUUCUCUAUUGCACUGAUCCUAAGCAAUGGCCUCAUCUAACCUAAGGCUGCAGGAUCCCAAAUACCACCACCGUCAGCCUCCAUAUCCAGAGAGGUGUGUAAGAGAGACAUUUACAUGUGACUGAUGGCCACUUCUUGAAGGCAUUUAGUGGACUGUGUGUGCUUUCACAGUAGUUCUGCAUGGGUCUCUGCAUGGAUAUGCUCAGAGUGGCAGGAAUGGCCUGGCCAAGGGACCCAUUCAGUGCAUGCCCCACAAUUGGUUUGGGUUGCCUUACUAUUGUGUUCCCACCUGCUAUGAAGGGGGGAGUAGGCCUGGCUCUAAGUUUGUUUCAUGUUUCCCUGGCGAAGGUGCUAUGGAAUAGUAUGCACAUGUCACCCUGUGUUAGAGUGAUAAUGAACAAUUAUAACAAGCUGUGCUUCGUGUUUGCCUCUUCAGUUAGCAGUGCCACUUGUAGAAUUGAAAAAAAUUCCAAGUCCUAAAUGCCAUGCUAUUGGGUAAACAGCCAUUCUGUUCUUCAUACUUCUAGAAUUGUUUUGUCUGACACAGGCAUGACUUAAGCCAAACACAUAGGAGCCAUUGCCCAGUUUCAGUCAUGAGCAUCCACCUGGUGAUGGCUAUGUGGGGUCUCCAGUCAGCAUUCUUGGAAGGAGCUCUUGCUGGCUUGCAUGUGGCAAAAAGGCAGCAUGCUAGUCACCAAAGUUCUAGCACAUGUACUUCUGAGGCUCAGCAGUCAUUAGGCUAGCACUGCUAAGUCUCUGUGCACACCUGAAACAUGAUUCUUUCUGCUACUUCCUGACUCCAUUCUUAGGAAUACUAGAGCCACAGCAUGAGAAGGCCGUUGUCCUCUUUUCUUUGGGUGAUGUCCCUAGAGUAACCUUCUGUGUACCAUGUGGCUCAUAAUGUUAAAGACAGACACAUAUGGCAGGGCUGGAGGUGUGUGUUAGUAAGGUUUUCUUUGCUGUAACAGAAUACAUGAGGUAAACAUCUUCUGAGGAGGAAUGGUUUAUUUUGACUCAUGGUUUCAGAGGCUUCAGUUUGGUUAAUCUGCUAUUUCUUAGUAGAGAAAACUUCACCUCAUGACAGCUGGGAAGCAAAGAGAGAGGAAGGUUCAGGGUCCCACUACCCCUUCAAGGGCACAUCCCAAGUGAGUUAACUUCCCCCCAGUAGGCCCUACCUGGUAAAGAGUCCAUCACCUCCCAAACCAGCUUGGUCCACCAGUGUCAAGCCAAGGACCACACCUUUUAACAUGUGGUCCUUUAGGGGGUUUAUACAAAACCACAGUAAGUAGUUCUGGCUGUGAAAGUCCAUAAAGAGGAGGCUUGAUACCUGAGGGAGGAAGGGGCCUCAGGUUUGCUGAUCAAGGCAGCAGGGAUAGGUGGUGAGAGCAUGCUGCUGCCUGGGAGUCAGUCGGCUGUAUCACAGUAGGGAGGGGGCCGAGGUGGCUGGUGGCUUAGUCUCUGAAAGGUCUGUGGAGAGGAAGGAAAACACUGCACCAACACUGAGCUUCAGAGCUAGUCAUGGCACUUGACACCUUAGGCCUAGAGAUAAGCUUAGGAAAUCUCAUGUGUAAGAGGAGGAGAGGGUGGCAGAAGAGAACUCACCAAAUAGGUUUCCAAUUUCUUUCCUCUCAGUUUGUGUGAAGAAACAAUGUGUUCACUUAGCACAUUUAAAGUAGCUUCAAAAUUAAAUAUUUUCUUAAUAGACCAAAAUAAUUUAAGGACAAAAUUAACUUGUGAGGCUUGAUACAGGAAACUUGUUAUCAUAUAAAUGUUUUGAUGAAAGACAGAUUUCCUUAAUAUUUGUUACCAUUAACUUCACCAGAAGAGUCCCAUUGGGAAAUCACUCUUGCCAGGCAAAAAAUGAAUAUCUGUGUCCUUUACUUUUCUCAAAUGGAAUAAAAUAAAUUCUUCUCAGAAGGAAA